CUCCCUACGUCUUCGGCCUUCAGGGCGCGUAGGGAAAGGGCUCCGCCCGCUUCGAACCGUCAGUUUCUCGUGGCGAUUCUGGCAGUGAUCCGAAGGCGUCAGUGCGUUUGUUUACGUCGUACGCCUAGGCGGCUGAGUAUAUGUUUGUGGCUGUUGUGUGUCUGGGGGACCCCGGGAAGGCGACGGCCAGGCGUAGGACUCUCGAGUGGGCAGCGGGGUCCAUACUCUGGGGAGAGGAAGGCUUUCUCUCCGUGCCGAGGUUUUCUCAUCCAUCAAGUGGAGAGGGUUAAGUCCCCAAUUUGGGGUGACCUUGUUUAUUAGGGAACUCUUUCCGUCCCCUCCCUCACCCUAGGUCUGGGUCUGGAGCCCAGCCCCCUCCGCGCCUGCUGCACUGCUCUUUGCUGGCCCCGCGGAGAUCACAGACCGAUUCAUCCAGGAUGCUGAAUUCUUUGUUGCUAUGUAUAUUUCUAUUAAUGGUACCUGGUUAUGCAUAUGAUGAUGAAUGGGUUGACCCUACAGAUAUGCUUAAUUAUGAUGCUGCUUCUGGAACAAUGAGAAAAGCUCCUCAGGUGAACUAUGGAAAACCAGAAAAGAAGGAAAUAAGUCUUACGGAUUCCAACUUGUCAUGUGCUGAAGAAAUGUCAGAAUGUUAUAAAAGACUUGAUUCUUUAACUUACAAGAUUGGUGAGUGUGAGAAGAAAAAGAGAAAAGACUAUGAAAGCCAGAGUAAUCAUGUUUUUAGGAGAUAUUUAAAUAAAAUUUUAAUUGAAGCUGGAAAACUUGGACUUCCCACUGAGGAUGAAGGUGUUAUGCAUUAUGAUGCUGAGAUUAUCCUUAAAAAAGAGACAUUAUUAGAAAUCCAGAAGUUUCUCAAUGGAGAAGACUGGAAAUCAGGAGCCUUAGAUGAUGCACUAAGUGAUAUCCUAAUUAAUUUUAAAUUUCAUAAUUUUGAGACCUGGAAAUGGAAUUUUGAGACAACCUUUGGUGUGGAUCCAUAUAAUGUAUUCAUGGUACUCCUGUGUUUGUUGUGCAUUGUUAUAUUAAUAGCUACUGAAUUAUGGACAUAUAUUCGUUGGUAUACUCAGUUAAAACGUGUUUUAUUCAUCAGUUUCCUUGUUAGUUUUGGAUGGAAUUGGAUCUAUUUAUAUAAGUUAGCCUUUGCAAAACAUCAAGCUGAAGUUGCCAAAUUGGAACCAUUAAACAAUGUUUGUGCUGAGAAGAUAGACUGGGUUGGAGGCGUAUUUGAAUGGCUUAGAAGUUCAUGGACAUUUCGGGAUGACCCUUGCCAAAAGUACUAUGAGCUACUAUUAGUUAACCCCAUUUGGUUGGUUCCACCAACAAAGGCAUUGGCAGUUACUUUUACCAACUUUGUAACCGAGCCAUUGAAGCAUAUUGGACAAGGAACUGGUGAAUUUAUGAGAGCCCUUAUGAAGGAAAUACCAGUAUUACUUCACAUUCCAGUGUUGAUCAUCUUGGCUCUGGGUGUAUUGGGUUUCUGCUAUGGCACAGGAAAAUCAGUCGGUGUGUGGCGACAUUUAAGAGACUCGGAGAGAGAACCAUACCCAGCACUGCACCAGGGCAAAGGAAGAUCACAGGGGGAAAUUGAUUAUAGGCGUCACGCUGGAUCAGGUGAUACAGGUCUCUGUUGUCGGAGCCAUAUUUGUCAGAGUGAUCGAGGCCCUUAUUCCAAAGCAGAUGAGUGUAGAGGAGAUUUUUUGAGAGAGAGAGAUGCUGACUUGAGAUUUCAGACUGGCAACAGGAGUCCUGAAGUCCUACGGGCAUUUGAUAUGCCAGAUGCAAAAGCAGAAGAGCAUCCCAAGCUGGUCCCCUAUCAGAAAUCACCCAUUUUGGAUAAAAAUCCAGAAGAGACUGGUAUAAUCUCAGAAAACAGCAAAAUGAAGGAAACUAACAGUGAAAUGAGCCAUAUAGAAUCAUCCUCUGAGCAGAUCCCUGGGAGUAAGGACAGUGAGCUACUUCCAGCAGAGGAGAUCCCACUGCGAGUUGAAGCUGGGAGCAGCAUUUCACAAGCUGGGAUCCCCAGCUCAUCCACCGUCUUAGAUAGAAGACGGGAAAAGAACCAAGAAGACAGCCAGCCUGGCUGGGAGGAGGUGGCCACGGACAAAUGUGAAUAACCGCAAGGCCUCGUGCUUUUCUAUUUUUCUUAUCAAGCACCCUGUGUACUCUGUUUAUGUUCUGGUAUUUUCUACAAAAGUGCCAACAGGAUUGAUGGAGAUGACCUUCUAGCUUAGGUAACAAGUAAAGUUUGUAGAAGUAUGUUCUAUGUGGACUUGAUGACUACAUUUCAUUUCCUUUUCCUCUUUAGUAUAAUUCUGGCAUUUUCACAGUUUAGUAAUACUAAUUUUGGAGUAAGGUCUCACUUCACAUUUUACAAUGAACGUUAAUGCCCCUUAAUCAAAACUAAUGAUGUUUCACUGAGCAUCACUAGUUUGGAUUAGUUAGUGAAAAGUUGGUAUUGGAGAAUAUUUUCACAGAAAUAGUUUUACUAUUUUUCAGGCAUUAUACAGUGAGCAAAACUAAUGGAUAACAGUAUUGCCAAAUGGCUGCCCUCCCUCUAUACUGACUUUAAUGAGCAAGAACAAUUGAUGAUACAUUUUACACAGAUAGUGCUGCUAGAGUGAUCUAGUGCUUGAAAUUAAGGAGUUUAAUUUCUCAAGUGGGACACCUCUCUUUUUGUUCUUUAUUAGGGAGUGGCCUUAAUUUUUCAUACCAAGGAUUACUCUUGGAUGCACCUAAACUGAUUUUCAUCUUCUUUGCAGCAACACUUUUCACACUUCCUCAAGUAACCAGGCACACAGGAAUUUGUAUAUGAAACUCAAUAUAAAACUAUAAAACUGAGGCCUGAGCUCCUGUGCCUGUAUUUCAAUAAGCCAUUGUUGUUUGGAAUAUAAACUUUUCACCAUUAGAUCCCUGUUCUGAGCCAUUGAGCUUCAUAGAGCUCUUUACCCUGGCACCAAAUGCUUCUAGACAAACACAUUUAUGUUAUAUUCUAGUUUCUUUUUUCUUCCUUUUUUGUGAUUGUGAUCAGCACUUCACAUCUUGCUGCUUCUGAUACUCUGUGAGGGCGUAUAAAUUACCAGGCUAACCAGAUAACCAGACUUGUCUGUCAUUGCAGUUACUGCAGAGUCAAGUUGACUGUGACCUAAAAGAUUAAUUCCGAAUACAGGGCAUACACUUUGGCAAAAUGACUGUCUUAAGUGCAAUUUUUAUUGUAUUUCCUCUAAACCCUUUGCGUUGGAUAUCUAGAAAUGUGACCCCAGGUAAACGGGAUUAUCUGUUUCAUCUCUAAUUUGCUUGGCCAACUCCAUUUUCAUAGAUAAUGUACAAGUAAAUUUCCAUGUAGACAUACACUGCCUCACAUUACUAAUUAACGGCAUUUAAAUUACUGAAAUUUUGUUUUUUCGACCAGUAGAGAUCAUAGAACACUAAGACUGACUUAUCAGGAUACAAAUACUUUAGAACUUUGGUGUAUUAUUAUUUUUUUUAUAACAGGUGCCCUCUUUAGCUUAGGCAUAUUUGGGUAGCAGUUUCCAAUUUUAAAUAUUCUCUUUGCUAGAAAAUUUGAAAUACAUUUAGUUGUCUCUGUGAGGCAACAUGGAGUAGUGAAUGGAGAGCUGAUUUUAGAGCCAGGAAGACCUGACUCAAGCCUGAAUUCUUAACACAUACUGAUGGUUCUUUUGGUAAGUCACUUAACUUCUCAGUAUUCUAGGUAUCUCGCUAAAAUUAUAAUUAUAGAGAAGGUUUUGAUCCUCGUUAGUAGAGGUGAGUUUCCUUUCAGAAUUUUCUAUGCCAAGGAAGUCAUAGAUGUAGUCUCCAUUUUUAAAGCGUAUUUGCAUGAUAUUUUGAUUUGCAAAUCCUUAAUUAUUUUCCCACAGUGAUUUUGUCACUAUUUUUCUUAUUUCUGGGUUCUUUUAAAUAUUUGAUCAGGGAAAAUUUUCAUUUCUGAGUUUGAUUUAAUUAUGUCUUGGUUACAAACAUAAGAAUACAUUCUUUAAUUUUUGUAUGAUAUCAUUUGGUAAAUAAAUUUUAAUUUUAAAAUUUUUACAACUUUUCAGGAAGACACCUAAUGCAAAAAAUAUUGAGAUGUACUUUGGUAUAGAUUUGUAGACAUGGAAAAGAGUUGAGACGAGCAGUUGGUCAUCCUCGAGCACCUUAAUCAGUCUUCAUUGUUGCAUAAAAUUAAGUCUUUAGCUUCCUAGGGUUUUAGCGAAUUGUGCUGUAUUUCUAAGCCUUAUAAAAAUUUUUUUUCUUUAGAGAUUUUGUUAUCAUUGGAGAAUAAAUCCUCUGAGAUCAAACAAGAAGACAAAUUAACUGUUGCUGCUGAACAUUUACAAUCAUGUGUGUAAUUAGAAUUUUGCUCCCCAGGACACACUUUCCCAGCAUCCCACUUGUAUACAUAUUUACUAACUAAAGGAAGAUAUAAGUUUUGUGUAGCUCCUCCCUCUCCCUCUUCUUCCUCAAACCUUCCCAGACCCUGACUGUGGAGGUUGGGUUGGAGCCAGGCAGGAAAACUUUACUUCUGUGGCUUUACUCAGGCUUUUACUUUUGUUCUUUUAUUUCUUCUACUUCCAGUAAUUAUUAAUAAAUCUUAUAAAAUGUAAUACUUAGAGUUAUUGGGUAUUAAUUUAAAUCUUACACAUGCAAGAUUGAUUUUUGUUAAAAAACAAGAUAAAUAUAUCAUUUUCCUAUCUGGUUGGCAGGGAGGAUUGAGGCUUGCUUUUUCUUAGUCACUAAUUUCCAUUAAGGGUUCCUUUAUGGUUAGGGUACAUAGUGGCAAUUAUGCUUUCAGAAAAAUUCCUGUGCUAGUAGGCUUAAAGGUUUAUGAAAUACUCUUCAGUGAAGUUGGUUUCUUGUCAUUCACGGUAGUUAUGUCCUAUAAAGCCCCUACAAACACUGAAUUAGCCACUACGGAACCAUUGCUUCUAGGAGAAAUACAGCAAUAGGUUCCUGUGAGGCAGUGGUCACGCCAUUUACUGUAGGACUUUCUAGAGCGACCUCACGUAUAGAUCGAGAAUUUCCUCUUCCUUUUUCUGGUUGUACCAGGUUGUUCAUUCAUUCACAUGGACCUCUCACUGGUGCUCAGACAAGGCCUAUCUCAUGUGGAUCUCUUCGGAAGCCGCCUCACAGUCUUCUUGCACUUAGCACAACACAAGGCAGCACUUAAGCACAAUGUUUGGGAGCCUUUUAAAAUGGCAGGUCAUCGACGAAAAGCAUAAAAAAACGUGGCUAUCAAAUAGAUCGAGAAAUGGGCCUUGUUUACAUCAUGAAAGCUAAAAUAAGGCCAAGUUCCACUCACUUAACUUUAGCUGGCAGCAUGUGCAACAUACAAUUUGGAUAUCUGGCCACUCUGCAUGACUAUGAAAAUGUCACAAGUAUUGGUUUUAGGCUUAAAAAUAAAUUUUUGAGUAGAUAAACGCAAAUAUGGAAUUGAGAAUAAUGAGGAUCAUUUGUAAUGGUUAUAAUAUUUUUUAAGAACCAAAAUGUGUGCAAAAUAAAUGUUUAUUUUUAUAUCAAGACUAAAAUAUAAAGUUUUGGUUUAUUUUUUCUAAGUUAUACUUUAUCUUUGAAAUUUCAUAAAGUAGGAAAUAUGGCAGAUGACAAGAUUUGAACUGGCAACAGUGUGACUCGAGGCAAGUCACAUAUCUCUGUGCCUCAGGAAAAAAAAAGGGGCAGCUGAUUUCGUGGCCUUUUGUUGAGCUUUAAAAAUGUGGACUCGGGAAACUUUGCCACCAUCUCCAUAGUUCCUCCUGGAUUGUGUUGGGUAAUAUAAAUAAAUGCAGAUAAUUUAGGUGAGUUAUCUUAUAUCCUACAGCUUUGUUGAAGUUGUCUCAAUUAUUUUUUUAGUUGAUGCUUCUAGAAAUUUCUAAAUAAACCAUCAUAUCCUCUGCAAAAA